UUGAUUCCGAUACAUCUUAAAUAUACCAACGCAAGGAUCUGUUUCAAAGCCAUCGUCGAAGUCUUAUAUCAACGCACGACGUAGCAGAUAAAAGAUAGGGGAAGCAUAGACCCAACUCUAGCGUAAAAUCUGAAGAAGGCAGCCAAUCUUUCUACGAAUCACAUACCGAUCUUUUUUUACGCCGUUCCUACCGAUAACAAUGGUAAGUUGAGUAUCAGCAACAUGAAGGGGAGGAUACUCUUCAAAUGGCCCAACACCAAUCUGGCUGCUGACGGUGAGUCGUGCUAACCGCUCUCUCUGCGUUUGUAUUUCUUGUGAAAUCCUCAGCCCAGCGGAAAGGGAAGCAAAUUACUGAGAUACGUGGAGCAUCGGCUCCGCGUAACGCUACACGACGGAAGAUGUAUCAUUGGCACAUUCUUGGCCUUUGACAAACAUUUAAAUUUGGUUCUCAGUGAGGCAGAGGAGUUUAGGACCUUGCGAAAGAGUGGGGCGGCGUUACUCGAAGAAAGAACGGAAAGGAGAAGUCUCGGACUAGUCUUGGUUCGUGGGGAAAAUGUCGUUAGUUUGGCGGUGGAAGGUCCACCUCCGCCUUCGUCCAAGAGCGCUGCGGGUAUCGCAGUUACCGGAAGAGGACGUGGCAUGCCAGGGAUGUCAGGAGGUGGGCCUCCUCCGAGAGGUGCUCCCAUGGGGCUCGGUGGGGCACCAAUGCACGGUGUCGGUGCCCCUGGCAUGGUUCCACCGCCACCGGGAGGAAUACCACCGAUGGGCAUGGGUCGAGGGAGAGGAGGACGACGAUGAAGAAAAAUGUUGUCCGCCUAAGCUUUGUUUCUUAUUAGUGUGAGAUGGGGAAGUUCUGUGUCCAAGAUGUAGCAGAAAAUGAAGAGUUUCCAAGCCAUUCGCUGUUUAUUUCAUACAUUGGCAGCACACAGAGCACAAGCAAUUGGUCGGUUCGUAGGUUGACUCGAACAAAAUACAUAAAUCACAAGAAUGAUUUUCUGGCAUCUGGAUGCCAACCUCUUGAUAUAGUGAAAGAGAAUUCUAUAUCUAGAGGAUUCAAACAACUACAACAUGAAAAGACAAUUAUUGUUUUCAAUACAAAUUUCUAAUAAUGGAAACCUGAUAAU